GUGGUCCUGACGGUGGAACGGGUGAAUGAGUUUGCUCCGGUGCUGUCUGCGGUGGCCCUGAUGCCGUCGUGGUUGGACCAAGACCCGGUGUUCGCUGUGGUCACAGUGGAGGACCAGGAUCAGGGGGUUUGCGGGGACAUUGAGUGGGUCUCCAUCGUCGAGGGGGACCCACAGGAACAGUUUAAGGUGGACCGUUCGCCGGUCGGGAACGAGUACAAGGUAAUACUCUCUCUCUCCUCUCCUCUCCUCUCCUCGCCUCGUCCUCUCCUCUCCUCUCCUCUCCCUCCUCCUCUCCUCUCCUCUCCUCUCCUCUCCUCUCCUCUCCUCUCCUCUCCUCUCCUCUCCUCUCCUCUCCUCUCCUCUCCUCUCCUCUCCUCCUCCUCUCCUCUCCCCAUCCUCUCUUCUCCCUCUCCCCAUCCUCUCCCUCCUCUCCUCUCCUCUCCUCUCCCUCCUCCCCUCCUCCCUCUCCUCUCCUCUCCUCUCCUCUCCCUCUCCUCUCCUCUCCUCUCCUCUCCUCCUCCUCUCCUCUCCUCUCCUCUCCCUCCUCCGCUCUCCUCUCCCCACCCUCUCCUCUCCCCACCCUCGUCCUCUCCCCCUCUCCUCUCCUCUCCUCCCUCUCCUCUUCCUCGCCUCUCCACCUCUCCUCCUCCUCGCCUCUCCUUCCUCUCCUCUCCCUCUCCUCUCCUCUCCUCUCCUCCCUUUCUUUUUUCUCUUCUAAUCUCCUCUUCUCCUCCAAUCUCUAGGUGAAGACGUCAGAGCCCGUGGACUGGAAUAAGUUUCCAUACGGUUGUAACCUGACCCUCCAGGCUAAAGACAGAGGAAACCCUCCUCUGUUCUCCAACACUCAGGUGGUCCAGGUGCUAGUUAGAAAACGUCAGCCUGUUCAGGUGAGUCAUUUCCGUUCUUCAUUUGAAUUUAAUUUUCAUUGUUUUAUUUUUUUCCCUCUUUCCUCUUUCUGCUGUUCAGUGUCUUUGUUUUCUUUUAAAUCAAAAAUGUUUUGUGUCUGAGUUUUUAGGUUUUUGUUCUAGUGAACAAACACCGUCACAAUACCAUAACAACACCGUCACAAUACCAUAACAACACCGUCACAAUACCAUAACAACACCGUCACAAUACCAUAACAACACAGUCACAAUAGCAUAACAACACCAUAACAACACUGUCACAAUACCAUAACAACACCGUCACAAUACCAUAACAACACGUUACAAUAUCAUAACAACACCGUCACAAUACCAUAACAACACUGUCACAAUACCAUAACAACACCGUCACAAUACCAUAACAACACCGUCACAAUACCAUAACAACACCGUCACAAUACCAUAACAACACAGUCACAAUACCAUAACAACACCAUAACAACACAGUCACAAUACCAUAACAACACCAUAACAAAACUGUCACAAUACCAUAACAACACAAUAACAACACCGUCACAAUACCAUAACAACACCGUCACAAUACCAUAACAACACCGUCACAAUACCAUAACAACACCGUCACAAUCCAUAACAACACCGUCACAAUACCAUAACAACACAGUCACAAUACCAUAACAACACCAUAACACACAGUCACAAAACCAUAACAACACCAUAACAACACUGUCACAAUACCAUAACAACACCGUCACAAUACCAUAACAACACCGUCACAAUACCAUAACAACACUGUCACAAUACCAUAACAACACCAUAACAACACUGUCACAAUACCAUAACAACACUGUCACAAUACCAUAACAACACCGUCACAAUACCAUAACAACACUGUCACAAUACCAUAACAACACCAUAACAACACUGUCACAAUACCAUAACAACACCGUCACAAUACCAUAACAACACCGUCACAAUACCAUAACAACACCGUCACAAUACCAUAACAACACGUUACAAUACCAUAACAUGGUCCACAUACAACAGUACAAUAAACAACACCCGUACAACCAUACACCCAGUCACAACUAACACACCGUCACAAUACCAUAACACACGUCACAAUACCAUAACAACACCGUCACAAUACCAUAACAACAACCGUCACAAUACCAUAAAACACAACAACACGUCACAAUACCAGAACAACACCGUCACAAUACCAAUAAAAACACACAUCCAUAACAACACUGUCACAAUACCUAACAACCAUACAACACCGUCACAAUACCAUAACACACCAGUCACAAUACCAUAACAACACCAUUCACAAUACCAUAACAACACUUACACAUACCAUACACCCGUCACAAUACCAUAACAACACCACAAUACCAUAAAACACCGUCACAAUACCAUAACAACACCAUAACAACACUGUCACAAUACCAUAACACUGUCACAAUACCAUACAACACCGUCACAAUACCAUAAACACCAUAACGAUACCAUAACAACCUGCACAAUACCAAACACACCAUAACAACGCUGUCACAUACCAUAACAACACCGUCACAAUACCAUGCACAAUACCAUAACAACACUUGUCAACAAUACCAUAACAACCCUGUCACAAUACCAGACCCACACAUAACAACGCUGUCCAGAAUACCAUAACAACACCGUCACAAGAUCCAUAACAACACCGUUCACCAAUACAUGAACAACACCGUCAAUCAUACCAUAACAACACCAGUCAAAAUACCAUAACAACACCGUCGACAAAUACCCUAACACUGGCACAAUACCAUAACAACAACUGGCACAAUACCAUAACAAACGACUGUUACAAUACCAUAACACUGUCACAAUACCAUAACAACCACCGUUCAGAAUACCCAUAACACCAUAACAACACAGUCACAAUACCAUAACCACACUGGUCCACCAUACCAUAAACAACAAUGUAAAUCAAACAUCUGUCACAAUACCAUAACCAACACCGUCACAAUAACCAAUAACAACACGUUACAAUACCCCAUAACACUGUCACAAUAACCAUAACAAUGUCACAAUCCCAUGAACAACCAUGUCACCAAUACCAUAACCCCAUAACAACAACACCGUCACCAAUACCAUAACAACACUGUCACAAUACCAUAACAACACUGUCACAAUACCAUAACAACACCAUAACAACACUGUCACAAUACCAUAACAACACCAUAACAACACCGUCACAAUACCAUAACAACACCAUAACAACAAAGACAUUUUAAUUACAUGAUGCUCCUCUUUUAUGUAAGUAGAUCAACUCUAAUUUUUUUUACUUUGGUAUAAAAGCAUGAAAAUUGGCACACGUUUUAACUUGUUUUUCCAGAUGCGGUUUGAUAAACAGCUCUACAAGGUGAGACUGAGUGAGAUAGCGCCACCUGGCACCAUCAUAGUGGAAGUGCGGAUCACUCCAGACCCUCCCAACGUCAACUACAGUUUCACACCCUUCUCUGCCUCACCGUACUUCCUCAUCAACCCUCUGACCGGGGUCAUCACUACGGCAACCCCUCUGACCAGCCUAUCACAGGACACCGUGGAGCUGGAGGUAGUGGAGGAGGCCAGUAAACUCAGAACCAGGGUCCAGGUGAAUUUUGAUUUGUUUGCUUUGAUCUGAUUUGUAAUACGUUGUUGAUUGUGUCUGUGUUGACAAUCUGAUCUGAUCUUCUGUUCUCUUGUCUCGUCUCAUCUCAUCUUAUCUUUAACUCAGGUCACCAUAGAGGACGCUAACGACAACACGCCCAAGUUCACUAGGCCGGCGUACGACGUGUCAAUCGAAGAGACCAUGCCGGUCGGCACGGUGAUCUUGGUGGUGUCGGCGGUGGACGAUGACAAAGGGGAGAACGGGUGCAUCACCCACAGCAUCACCCACAGCAUCGCUGGACUUCAGGCGCUACCCUUCACCAUAGAUCAGGACUCAGGAGAGGUACUUGCUACUUUUAGUGUUGACUGUUGGGUUGUUGUUCCUGACUGUGUGUAUACAGUACAUGCUGCAAUGAUGACAAACCAAUUAUUAUAUCUUAUUUGAUCUGAUCUCUUUCAACUCUCCUCUUCCAUCCUCUCAUCUCCUCCUCCUCUCCUCUCAUCUCCUCUCCUCUCCUCUCCUCUCCUCUCCUCUCCUCUCCUCUCCCUCCUCAUCCUCUCCUCUCCUCUCCUCUCCUCUCCUCUCCUCUCCUCUCCUCUCCUCUCCUCUCCUCUCCUCUCCUCUCCUCUCCUCUCCUCUCCUCUCCUCUCCCUCUCCUCUCCUCUCCUCUUCUCCCAGCUGAGGACGACUAGAGAGCUGGACUACGAGACGUCAGCUGAUCUCUACAUGUUCUCCGUCCGGGCCUCAGACUGGGGUUCUCCCUACCGCCGCGAGAACGAGGUCAACGUGACAGUGCGCCUCAUCAACGUAAAUGACAACAGACCGCUGUUUGAGAGGGUUGGCUGCCGAGGGAUGAUUGGACGGGACUUCCCCGUGGGCCAGAACAUUGUCACCAUGUCAGCUGUGGGUAGGUAGCCCAGCGGUCAAACUCCAGUCCUCUGUGGGUUUUCUCUCCUCCCUUGUACAUGAAUGAUCAUUGAUCAUUGAUCAAUACCCACGUUUCCAUCCACAGUUUUUUAUGCGAGUAAAGUCAUACUGUAUAAAAGAAAAUCACGACAGCUGUGAUGGAAACAGGAAGUGUUGGUAAAAUGUCCUUAAUGUCGACAGACAAUUUGUUCAUUCGACAUUCGAUCUUUUUGUAUCAGUAAAAUACAUUAUUCGAGAAAUGGCGGAGGAAAUGCCUUUAUAUUGAUAUAAUAUCAAUAUUGAACUAAACUUGGAGUGACACGAUGAUACAGCUCUGGAAAAAAAUAAGAGACCACUGCAAAAUUAUCAGUUUCUCUGGUUUUACUAUUUAUAGGUAUGUGUUUGGGUAAAAAUAUUUUUUUUGUUUUAUUCUAUAAACUACUGACAACAUUUCUCCCAAAUUCCAAAUAAAAAUAUUGUCAUUUAGAGCAUUUAUUUGCAGAAAAUGACAACUGGUCUAAAAUAACAAAAAAGAUGCAGUGUUGUCAGACCUCGAAUAAUGCAAAGAAAAUAAGUUCCUGUUAAUUUUUAAACAACCCAAUACUAAUGUUUUAACCUAGGAAGAGUUCAGAAAUCAAUAUUUGGUGGAAUAACCCUGAUUUUCAAUCACAGCUUUCAUGCGUCUUGGCAUGCUCUCCACCAGUCUUUCACAUUGAUGUUGGGUGACUUUAUGCCACUCCUGGUGCAAAAAUUCAAGCAGCUCGGCUUUGUUUGAUGGCUUGUGACCAUCCAUCUUCCUCUUGAUCACAUUCCAGAAGUUUUCAAUGGGGUUCAGGUCUGGAGAUUGGGCUGGCCAUGACAGGGUCUUGAUCUGGUGGUCCUCCAUCCACACCUUGAUUGACCUGGCUGUGUGGCAUGGCGCAUUGUCCUGCUGGAAAAACCAAUCCUCAGAGUUGGGGAACAAUGUCAGAGCAAAAGGAAGCACGUUUUCUUCCAGGAGAACCUUGUAUAUGUCUUGAUUCAUGCGUCCUUCACAAAGACAAAUCUGCCCGAUUCCAGCCUUGCUGAAGCACCCCCAGAUCAUCACUGAUCCUCCACCAAAUUUCACAGUGGGUGCGAGACGCUGUGGCUUGUAGGCCUCUCCAGGUCUCCGUCUAACCAUUAGACGACCAGGUGUUGGGCAAAGCUGAAAAUUGGACUCAUCAGAGAAGAUGACCUUACUCCAGUCCUCUACGGUCCAAUCCUUAUGGUCUUUUGCAAACCUCAGCCUUGCUCUUCUUUGCUUUCAUUGAUGAAGGGCUUUUUUCUAGCUUUGCGCGACUUCAGCCCUGCCUCUAGGAGCCUGUUUCGAACCGUCCUCGCCGUGCACUUCACCCCAGCUGCCGUUUGCCAUUCUUUUUGUAGGUCACUUGAUGUCAUCCUACGGUUGUUGAGUGACAUUCGAAUGAGUUGGCGGUCAUCCCGGUCAGUAGAGAGUCGUUUUCGCCCUCUGCCGGUCUGUAGCUUUGUUGUCCCCAAUGUCUGCUGCUUGAACUUGUUCUUAUGAACUGCCGUCAUUGAAAUGUUAAGGAUGGAAGCAACCUGACGCUCACUGUAUCCCUCUGCCAGUAAAGCCAGAAUUGACCCCUUCUUUUCCUCAAUCAAAACUUUCCUUUUCAACUCUUUUGGCAUGGUCAAUAGUUAUUUUUUGAUUAAUAUUACUUUUGAGGUACUAUUAGCACUGUUUUUGCCAUCCAGCUGGUCCUAUUGCAAGAGGAUAGUGAUGACCACAGCAGUGGUUUUUAUACUUUUCCUCGUUAAAUAACAUUUGGUUCAGGUGAUCACCUAAUCAGUACCUAAUUCAGUAGAAUGAGGUGUGCCUGUGUUGGAAUUCAACAGACACUGGAAUGGAAUGGCUGUCAUACAUGUAGAGAUGCUGAUUUAAGAAAAAUUUGCAGUGGUCUCUUAAUUUUUUCCAGAGCUUGUCACCUUCGUUUUAAGGACGGGUCAAACCAAGGCACAGCGUGAAAUGCGUACAUGUUUAUUUCAAUGAUAAACACACGACAAAACAACAAACCAAACGAAACGUGAAGUCCAAAGGCUGAACACUAAACAAGCCUCAACACAGAACAAGAUCCCACAACUAGCUAGUGCCAAUAGGCUGCCUAAGUAUGGUCCCCAAUCAGAGACAACGAGCUACACCUGCCUCUGAUUGGGAACCACCCCGGCCAACAUAGAUCUACACAUACUAGAUCUAAAACAUAGAAUAUUCCCACCCUGACUCAACAUAUAAGUCCCCCAGGGCGUGACAGAGCUGUAGUUCACUGUGUGGUCCUCCCACUACGACUCUGGAAAGCAUGCAGUUUAUUACGCUACAGAAGAAAUAGUUAUGAUGAACUUCACAGGGUGGUGAAAGUGCACGGUGAUGAGCUUGAUGCUCCUUUCCAAUGAGUAUCGAUGGUCUUAUUCUGGUGACAUGAUGAUCGAUGCUUGACUGCCGUUUGACAAAUAAAAAUAAUGUUUAUUUUUAAUUCACAAUCUGUAGAAGCAAUGAGAAUAGAAAGGUUCAGAACUUUUGUAAAACAUCACAGUACGGUUGAAAUAUAUAUGGCAAAUAGAAAUCCUAUAUGGAUGGUGUUAAGAGAUAGAUGGGAGGUAUUGAAUAGAGUUGAAGGAUGGGACUAAUAACAAAUAACAACAAAUAAUAACAAAGAUAGCUAAUAAUGUAAGCAUACUGUGUCCAUAAUAAGUAUAUAGGUUGUAUGUUGGGAGCUUUUGGGAAAGAGCACAGUUAGAAAGAUAUGGCAUUUAGAAGCAAACCGGAUGGACAUCAUGAAAAUGAUCGGAGAGGUUGAGAGUAGAAGAAGUUCAGGAGCAAAAAAAUAAAUAAAUAUAUAUAUAUAUAUAUAUAUAUAUAUAUAUAUAUAUAUAUAUAUAGAUAUAGAAUUAUUGUAAAAUUAACUCUGUCCAUAAGGUGUAGAUAGUAAGUAUAGACCGGAAGUAGAGGCCUGGGCAUUGUUGUUCACUAAUUUACUCCAAGUAGGGAAAGGAUGGUGGGGUUGAAAAGUAAUAAAGGGGAAUAUAUAUAUAAAAAAUAAAAAUAAACAUGGGGGAUUGGAAGUGAUGCAGACAAUUACAUUGAUAGAAGAUGCAAUCUAUCUGCAAUAUUAAGCUGAUCCAUCCCCCCAAAAAAAAAAAAAAAAAAAAAAAAAAAAAAAAAUAUCCAUAAUAAUCACAUCCUGUAGGUAGCACCUACUGUAUAGCUGUUGGCUUUUUUUAUUUAACGCAAUAGUUUUUCUGACAAAACUAUUAGUAGUGUUGAAAAUGCGAUGGAAACACAUUUAACUUUAGAUUUUUAUUCAGUACAUGAAAACUAUGUCAUCACACACACUGCUUUUUAUCCGCAACAAGUCAGUUUGAGAAGGGGGGUUGAGAAGGGGGAUGUGAUGUGUCUGGGGGGGUUGAGAAUGGAGCAGAAGCACAUCCUUUUUUUGCUGUAACAUCCAGGGAAUAGGGUGCUGGUAUGGUCAGUAUAGGACAGCCCUCUGGGCCUGGUGUCUCACUGGGCCUGGUGUCUCUCUGGGCCUGGUGUCCCUCUGGGCCUGGUGUCUCACUGGGCCUGGUGUCUCACUGGGCCUGGUGUCUCUCUGGGCCUGGUGUCUCUCUGGGCCUAGUGUCUCGCUGGGCCUGGUGUCUCUCUGGGCCUGGUGUCCCUCUGGGCCUGGUGUCUCUCUGGGCCUGGUGUCUCUCUGGGCCUGGUCUCUCUAGGCCUGGUGUCUCUCUGGGCCUGGUGUCUCUCUGGGCCUGGUGUCCCUCUGGGCCUGGUGUCUCUGUGGGCCUGGUGUCUCUCUGGGCCUGGUGUCUCUCUGGGCCUGGUGUCUCUCUGGGCCUGGUGUCUCUCUAGGCCUGGUGUCUCUCUGGGCCUGGUGUCUCUCUAGGCUGGGUGACUGGAUGUCAUCCAGACAUGACCAAAGUACAGGUGACUUUGACAACAGAUGAUGUAAAAAAGGCUGUAUAAAAUACAUUUGAUUGACGUAUGGAAAGUUGGAUUGUCUUGUUUUAUUGUGUAUUGUUUUGUAUUGCAGACAUGGACGACCUGGGGCUGGUUAAGUACAGGAUCCUGUCAGGUAAUGAGCAGGACUACUUCAACCUGAACCCAGAUUCUGGUGCCCUGGCCUUGAGGAGGUCCCUGGCCUCCGCUAAACUCAAGACUGGAGUCUUCAACCUCAAGGUAUCCCUAUGUACAGCUGAAGUCGGAAGUUUACAUACACCUUAGCCAAAUACAUUUAAACUCAGUUUUUUCACAAUUCCUAACAUUUAAUCCUAGUAAAAAUUCCCUGUUUUAGGUCAGUUAGGAUCUCCACUUUAUUUUAAGAAUGUGAAAUGUCAGAAUAAUAGUAGAGAGAAUUAUUUCUUUCAGCUUUUAUUUCUUUAAUCACAUUCCCAGUGGGUCAGAACUUUACAUACACUCAAUUAGUAUUUGGUAGCAUUGCCUUUAAAUUGUUUAACUUGGGUCAAACGUUUCGGGUAGCCUUCCACAAGCUUCCCACAAUAAGUUGGGUGAAUUUUGGCCCAUUCCUCCUGACAGAACUGGUGUAACUGAGUCAGGUUUGUAGGCCUCCUUGCUCGCACAUGCUUUUUCAGUUCUGCCCACACAUUUUCUACAGGAUUGAGGUCAGGGCUUUGUGAUGGCCACUCCAAUACCUUGACUUUGUUGUACUUAAGCCAUUUUGCCACACCUUUGGAAGUAUGCUUGGGGUCAUUGUCCAUUUGGAAGACCCAUUUGCGACCAAGCUUUAACUUCCUGACUGAUGUCUUGAGAUGUUGCUUCAAUAUAUCCACAUCAUUUUUCCAUCCUCAUGAUGCCAUCUAUUUUGUGAAGUGCACCAGUCCCUCCUGCAGCAAAGCAGCCCCACAGCAUGAUACUGCCACCCCCGUGCUUCACGGUUGGGAUGGUGUUCUUCGGCUUGCAAGCUUCCCCCUUUUUCCUCCAAACAUAACGAUGGUCAUUAUGGCCAAACAGUUCUAUUUUUGUUUCAUCAGACCACAUGACAUUUCUCCAAAAAGUACGAUCUUUGUCCCCAUGUGCAGUUGCAAACCGUAGUCAGGCUUUUUUAUGGUGGUUUUGGAGCAGUGGCUUCUUCCUUGCUGAGCGGCCUUUCAGGUUAUGUCGAUAUAGGACUCGUUUUACUGUGGAUAUAGAUACUUUUGUACCUGUUUCCUCCAGCAUCUUCACAAGGUCCUUUGCUGUUGUUCUGGGAUUGAUUUGCACUUUUCGCACCAAAGUAUGUUCAUCUCUAGGAGACAGAACGUGUCUCCUUCCUGAGUGGUAUGACGGCUGCGUGGUCCCAUGGUGUUUAUACUUAUGUACUGUUGUUUGUUCAGAUGAACGUGGUACCUUCAGGCGUUUGGAAAGGUCUACAAUUUAUUUCUGAGGUCUUGGCUGAUUUCUUUUGAUUUUCCCAUGAUGUCAAGCAAAGAGGCACUGAGUUUGAAGGUAGGCCUUGAAAUACAUCCACAGGUACACCUCCAAUUGACUCAAAUUAUGUCAAUUAGCCUAUCAGAAGCUUCUAAAGCCAUGACGUCAUUUUCUGGAAUUUUCCAAGCUGUUUAAAAGCACAGUCAACUUAGUGUAUGUAAACUUCUGACCCACUGGAAUUGUGAUACAGUGAAUUAUAAGUGAAAUAAUCUGUCUGUAAACAAUUGUUGGAAAAAUUGUGUCAUUCACAAAGUAGAUGUCCUAACCGACUUGCCAAAAAUAUAGUUUGUUAACAAGAAAUUUGUGGAGUGGUUGAAAAACGAGUUUUAAUAACUCCAACCUAAGUGUAUGUAAACUUCCGACUUCAACUGUAACCCCAUGCAUCCCCUAUGUAUAUCUAUGCAUCCCUAUACAUUCCUUAUGCAGACCUACAGUGAGGGAAAAAAGUAUUUGAUCCCCUGCUGAUUUUGUACGUUUGCCCACUGACAAAGAAAUUAUCAGUCUAUAAUUUUAAUGGUAGGUUUAUUUCAACAGGUGAGAGACAGAAUAACAACAAAAAAAUCCAGAAAAACGCAUGUAAAAUGUUUUAUAAAUGGAUUUGCAUUUUAAUGAGGGAAAUUAGUAUUUGACCCCUCUGCAAAACAUGACUUAGUACUUGGUGGCAAAACCCUUGUUGGCAAUCACAGAGGUCAGAUGUUUCUUGUAAUAAUAAUAAUAAUAAUAUGCCAUUUAGCAGACGCUUUUAUCCAAAGCGACUUACAGUCAUGCGUGCAUACAUUUUUGUGUAUGGGUGGUCCCGGGGUUCUUGUAGUUGGCCACCAGGUUUGCACACAUCUCAGGAGGGAUUUUGUCCCACUCCUCUUUGCAGAUCUUCUCCAAGUCAUUAAGGUUUCGAGGCUGACGUUUGGCAACUCGAACCUUCAGCUCCCUCCACAGAUUUUCUAUGGGAUUAAGGUCUGGAGACUGGCUAGGCCACUCCAGGACCUUAAUGUGCUUCUUCUUGAGCCACUCCUUUGUUGCCUUGGCCGUGUGUUUUGGGUCAUUGUCAUGCUGGAAUACCCAUCCACGACCCAUUUUCAAUGCCCUGGCUGAGGGAAGGAGGUUCUCACCCAAGAUUUGACGGUACAUGGCCCUGUCCAUCGUCCCUUUGAUGCAGUGAAGUUGUCCUGUCCCCUUAGCAGAAAAACACCCCCAAAUCAUAAUGUUUCCACCUCCAUGUUUGACGGUGGGGAUGGUGUUCUUGGGGUCAUAGGCAGCAUUCCUCCUCCUCCAAACACGGCGAGUUGAGUUGAUGCCAAAGAGCUCCAUUUUGGUCUCAUCUGACCACAACACUUUCACCCAGUUCUCCUCUGAAUCAUUCAGAUGUUCAUAGGCAAACUUCAGACGGGCAUGUAUAUGUGCUUUCUUGAGCAGGGGGACCUUGCGGGCGCUGCAGGAUUUCAGUCCUUCACAGCGUAGUGUGUUACCAAUUGUUUUCUUGGUGACUAUGGUCCUAGCUGCCUUGAGAUCAUUGACAAGAUCCUCCCGUGUAGUUCUGGGCUGAUUCCUCACCGCUCUCAUGAUCAUUGCAACUCCACAAGGUGAGAUCUUGCAUGUAGUCCCAGGCCGAGGGAGAUUGACAGUUAUUUUGUGUUUCUUCCAUUUGCGAAUAAUCGCACCAACUGUUGUCACCUUCUCACCAAGCUGCUUGGCGAUGGUCUUGUAGCCCAUUCCAGCCUUAUGUAGGUCUACAAUCUUGUCCCUGACAUCCUUGGAGAGCUGUUUGGUCUUGGCCAUGGUGGAGAGUUUGGAAUCUGAUUGAUUGAUUGCUUCUGUGGACAGGUGUCUUUUAUACAGGUAACAAGCUGAGAAUAGGAGCACUCCCUUUAAGAGUGUGCUCCAGCCAGAAAUCUUUCUGAUUGAGAGGGGGUUAAAUACUUAUUUCCCUCAUUAAAAUGCAAAUCAAUUUAUAACAUUUCUGACAUGCGUUUUUCUGGAUUUUGUUUGUUGUUAUUCUGUCUCUCACUGUUCAAAUAAACCUACCAUUAAAAUUAUAGACUGAUCAUUUCUUUGACAGUGGGCAAACGUACAAAAUCAGCAGGGGAUCAAAUACUUUUCCCCUCACUGUAUGUAUCCCCGAUGUAGUCCUUAUGUAUCCCCUAGGAAGACAUAGGGAUACAUAGGGACUACAUACACAGCAACACAUACACCACAACACAUACAACCACAAAACAAAAAACAACAAACACAUACAACCAACAAAAAACAAUACACCACAAACACAAUACACCAAAACACAUACACAACAACACAUACAACCCUACAAAACAUACACCACAACAUGUACAGUACAACAACAUACACCACAAAACAACAGUACAACAACACAUACAACCCACAACACAUACAGUACAACACAUACACCACACACACAUACACCACAACACAUACACCACAAACACACAUACACACACAACACAGACACCACAACACAACACCACAACACAUACACCACACACACCAUCCAGUACAACACAUACACCACAACACAUACACCACAACACAUACAGUACAACACAUACAGUACAACACAUACACCACAACACAUACACCACAAACACAACACACAACACAUACAGUACAACAACAUACACCACAACACAUACACCACAACACAUACACCACAACACAUACACCACAACACAUCCAGUACAACACAUACACCACAACACAUACACCACAACACAUACAGUACAACACAUACAGUACAACACAUACACCACAACACAUACACCACAACACAUACACCACAACACAUACAGUACAACACAUACAGUACAACACAUACACCACAACACAUACACCACAACACAUACACCACAACACAUACACCACAACACAUACAGUACAACACAUACACCACAACACAUACAGUACAACACAUACACCACAACACUACAGUACAACACAUACACCACAACACAUACACCACAACACAUACACCACAACACAUACAGUACAACACAUACAGUACAACACAUACACCACAACACAUACAGCACAACACAUACACCACAACACCUACAGUACAACACAUACACCACAACACAUACACCACAACACAUACACCACAACACAUACACCACAACACAUACACCACAACACCUACAGUACAACACAUACACCACAACACAUACACCACAACACAUACACCACAACACAUACAGUACAACACGUACACCACAACACAUACAGUACAACACAUACACCACAACACAUACACCACAACACAUACACCACAACACAUACACCACAACACAUACACCACAACACAUACAACACAACACCUACAGUACAACACAUACACCACAACACAUACAACACAACACAUACAGUACAACACAUACACCACAACACAUACACCACAACACAUACAACACAACACCUACAGUACAACACCUACAGUACAACCCAUCCAUGCAUCAGAGACCCAUUUGGUAUUUUAUUACAUUAUUAGGAUCCCCAUUAGCUGCUGCCAAGGAGAAAUAUAACCUUUUUUAAUGUUGUGCAAAGAAAACAAUGAUCGCUAUGUCUCCCUAUGUCUCCCUAUAUAUCCCUAUGUCUCCCUAUGUCUCCCUAUGUCACCCUAUGUCUCCCUAUGUCUCCCUAUGUCUCCCUAUGUCUCCCUAUAUAUCCCUAUGUCUCCCUAUGUCUCCCUAUAUAUCCCUAUGUCUCCCUAUGUCUCCCUAUGUCUCCCUAUGUCACCCUAUUUCUCCCUAUGUCUCCCUAUAUAUCCAUAUGUCUCCCUAUAUAUCCCUAUGUCUCCCUAUGUCUCCCUAUGUCACCCUAUGUCUCCCUAUAUAUCCAUAUGUCUCCCUAUAUAUCCCUAUAUAUCCCUAUGUCACCCUAUGUCUCCCUAUGUCUCCCUAUAUAUCCAUAUGUCUCCCUAUAUAUCCCUAUGUCUCCCUAUGUCUCCCUAUGUCACCCUAUGUCUCCCUAUAUAUUCAUAUGUCACCCUAUGUCACCCUAUGUCUCCCUAUGUCUCCCUAUGUCACCCUAUGUCUCCCUAUGUCUCCCUAUAUAUCCAUAUGUCUCCCUAUAUAUCCCUAUGUCUCCCUAUGUCUCCCUAUGUCUCCCUAUGUCUCCCUAUAUAUCCAUGUCUCCCUAUAUCUCCCUAUGUCUCCCUAUGUCUCCCUAUGUAUCCCUAUGUCACCCUAUGCCACCCUAUGUCACCCUAUGUCUCCCUAUGUCUCCCUAUAUGUCUCCCUAUAUGUCUCCCUAUAUGUCACCCUAUGUCACCCUAUAUGUCACCCUAUAUGUCCCUAUCUCCCUAUGUCUCCCUAUGUCUCCAUAUAUAUCCCUAUGUCUCCCUAUGUCUCCCUAUAUAUCCAUGUCUCCCUAUAUCUCCCUAUGUCUCCCUAUGUCUCCCUAUGUAUCCCUAUGUCACCCUAUGCCACCCUAUGUCACCCUAUGUCUCCCUAUAUGUCUCCCUAUAUGUCUCCCUAUAUGUCUCCCUAUAUGUCACCCUAUGUCACCCUAUAUGUCACCCUAUAUGUCCCUAUCUCCCUAUGUCUCCCUAUAUAUCCCUAUGUCUCCCUAUGUCUCCCUAUGUCUCCCUAUGUCUCCCUAUGUCUCCCUAUAUAUCCCUAUGUCACCCUAUGUCUCCAUAUAUAUCCCUAUGUCUCCCUAUGUUUCCCUAUAUGUCCCUAUAUAUCCCUAUGUCUCCCUAUAUAUCCCUAUGUCUCCCUAUAUCUCCCUAUAUAUCCCUAUGUCUCCCUAUGUCUCCCUAUGUCUCCCUAUAUAUCCCUAUAUGUCCCUAUAUAUCCCUAUGUCUCCCUAUAUAUCCCUAUGUCUCCCUAUGUCUCCCUAUGUCUCCCUAUGUCUCCCUAUGUCUCCCUAUAUAUCCCUAUGUCUCCCUAUAUAUCCCUAUGUCUCCCUAUGUCUCCCUAUGUCUCCCUAUGUCUCCCUAUAUGUCCCUAUGUCUCCCUAUAUAUCCCUAUGUCACCCUAUGUGUCCCUAUAUUUCCCUAUGUCACCCUAUGUCUCCCUAUGUCUCCCUAUAUAUCCUUAUGUCUCCCUAUAUAUCCCUAUGUCUCCCUAUGUCUCCCCAUGUCUCCCCAUGUCUCCCUAUAUUUCCCUAUGUCUCCCUAUAUAUCCCUAUGUCUCCCUAUGUCACCCUAUGUCUCCCUAUGUCUCCCUAUAUAUCCUUAUGUCUCCCUAUGUCUCCCCAUGUCUCUCCUCAUGGUAGUGCACUAUACAUAACAGAGUUCAAUUUGGUACGCAGUCAUAUUAUUAUUAUUAUUCCUCUGAAGGUGGAGGCGACGGACGGAGAGCUGUUCUCGGAGCCGACCUACGUCAACGUGUCAGUGGUCCAGGGAAGGAUGCCGUCUCAUAGUGUCACCUGCAGAGAGACAAGAGUGUCCCAGAGCCUGGCAGAGCUGGGCCUACAGGUGUCAUCAAUAUCAUUAUCAAUAUCAUAUCAAAAUCAGUAUCUCAGGUGCACUUACUGACAAUAUGCCUUUAACCCCUAAACUGCUCAUUGGGCGCAGCAUUUGUAAUGGAGGUAAGAACAUGCUGGAAGCUUACUCCACAGCUAGUUUGAAAAUGUCGCCAACGGAGCUAUCCAAUUUGAUUCUUUUGUAUAGCUCAAGCGAUUGUUGGUACAUUGUCAAGGAGUGCGGUCAUGUGUGUUUGCGUGCAGAGGAUCACUAGUUUGGACAGUGGAGGAAGCUAUAAUGUUAGCAACACACUGACGUCAGCCUCACACUGCUGGCCGCCCUCUGUUCCAGCCUCUCUGUGUGUGUUUUUCAGGGUUUGGGAUUAAAGCAGAUCACACAUUUCUUUGGACUGCAAAGAAAAUAGAUCUGUAAAGUUGUUCUUGUUCUUCCUCCAGAAGGCUACGGCACUGCGGAGACCCAGGGUGGAUGAGGGGUACACAGACCUGUUCUCAGCCAACAGACAGACACCUCAGUUUAAGUCGCUCCCCUCUAGUAUUGUGGUCAGAGAGGAUCUGGCGGCAGGGGCGAGUGUCAUUCAGGUGAGGGAUGUGAAAUUCCAUGUUGUGAUGUAGUGUUCAUGGUAAAUUAGUUACACGUAUUAUUUCUGAGUAGGGUUGGGCGGUAUCCAGAUUUUACGGUAUUACCGGCUUAGUACACAAGGGGGCGGCAAAAAAAAAACCCAUUGGGCGUCUAUUUCCAGAAUGCUAACGAAAUUACCACAAGUAAUAGCGAAAUUCCAUGGAGGCUGCUAGCUAAAUAUGCUAAUGAGCGCAAACGAAAAUAAACAAAUAGCAAAGACAGGCAGUCCAUCUCAUACAGUUAUACAUAUAUAGGUAGGAGCUACCGAAUGUAAUUUUUUGGGGUGAGUUUGGUGCUUGUCUGAAGGAAGAACAGUACUUUGACUUCUCAAACACGGCAUUAAGCCAACACGAUAUGAUGCCCCGUCACCUUAUUAAUUCAGCCACUUACUUUAGAUAACUAGCAAGUUAAAUUUAGGGGUCGCGUUAACGCAGAAUUCUGCGUUUUUCAUGCAGGGAAAAAAAAGAUAAAACACAAGAAAUACACUAUAUAUACACAAGUAAGUGGACACCCCUUCAAAUUAGUGGAUUUGGUUCAGCCACACCCGUUGCUGGCAGGUGUAUACAAUCGAACACACAGCCAUGCAAUCUCCAUAGACAAACAUUGGCAGUAGAAUGACCUUACUGAAGAGCUCAGUGACUUUCAACGUGGCACCGUCAUAGGAUGCUACCUUUCCAACAAGUCAGUUCGUCAAAUGUCUGCCCUGCUAGAGCUGCCCCGGUCAACUGUAAGUGCUGUUAUUGUGAAGUGGAAACGUCUAGGAGCAACAACAGCUCAGCCGCGAAGUGGUCGGCCACACAAGCUCACAGAACGGGACCGCUGAGUGCUGAAGUGCGUAGCGCAUAAAAAUUGUCUGUCCUCGGUUGCAACACUCACUACCGAGUUCCAAACUGCCUCUGGAAGCAACGUACUGUUCGUCGGGAGCUUCAUGAAGUGGGUUUCCAUGGCCGAGCAGCCACACACAGGCCUAAGACCACCAUGCGCAAUGCCAAGCGUCGGCUGGAGUGGUGUAAAGCUCGCCGCCGUUGGACUCUGGAGCAAACGAGGUCCAUACAGAAAUGGUUUGUAGAGAUCGGUGUGGAAGAACUUGACUGGCCUGCGCAGAGACCUGACCUCGACUGCGAGCCAGGCCUAAUCGCCCAACAUCAGUGCCCGACCUCACUAAUGCUCUUGUUAUCAGGACUCAGGAUAUGACCCUGAUGCAGACACAGGAGGAGGAUAGGACAGUUCUCAAUAAUAAUUUAUUAGAACACGGGGCAAAGGGCAGGACGAGGACAGGCAGAGGUACGUAAUCAGGUCAGAGUCGGGCAGGUACAGGAUGGCAGGCAGGCUCGGGGUCAGGGCAGGCAGAGGUACAUAAUCAGGUCAGAGUCGGGCAGGUACAGGAUGGCAGGCAGGCUCGGGGUCAGGGCAGGCAGAAUGGUCAGAACCGAGAAAACUAGGAAGUAAACACUUGAGAAACAGGAAAACGGGAAAGCAUGCUGGUAAGACCUGACAAGACAAGAUGAAAUGGCAACAGACAAACAGAGAACACAGGUAUAAAUACACAGGGGAUAAUGGGGAAGAUGGGCGACACCUGGAGGGGGGUGGAGACAAUCACAAAGACAGGUGAAACAGAUCAGGGUGUGACAGUUGUGGUUGAAUGGAAGCAAGUCCCCACAGCAGUGUUCCAACAUCUAGUGGAAAGCCUUCCCAGAAGAGUGGAGGCUGUUAUAGCAGCAAAGGGGGGACCAACUCCAUAUUAAUGCCCAUUAUCUUGGAAUUAGUUUUUCAAAGAGCAGGUGUCCACAUACCUUUUGAUCAUGUAGUGUGUCUUGCAGCAUUUUGUAAACGCAUAUCUAAAAUGCUUCUUAUUGUAAUUUCUGCUCAGCAUCAGACAAAUGUUUGUGCUUUGGAUUUUAGCACAUUUACAAGGAUUGAUUGAUUGAUUCAACAUCCAACCACCAUAUUUAUUAUUCCAGGUGAGGGCAACAGACGAUGACACGGCCUUCAACGGUCUCAUCCUGUACAGCAUCUCCAACGGCAACAGAGACAGCUGCUUCGACAUCGCCAUGGAGAUGGGUCUGAUCACAGUGUUCCGGCCGCUGGACCGCGAGCGGUCUGACCGCUACGUCCUGAACGUGACCAUCUACGACCAGGGUCUGCCUCAGCGGUCCAACUGGAGGCUACUGACCGUCAACGUAGAGGACACCAAUGAUAACAACCCUAUGUUCGCCCAGGACAGGUCUGACAGCAUAAUUAUAAAAAUAACCUAUUAUUGGCAAAAUAGCAGAAUAAGGCUGCCAGUGUAAACAGCCUUAGUGUCCCAUAUAUCACCCCAGUCCUUAGUGUCCCAUAUAGCACCCCAGUCCUUAGUGUCCCAUAUAGCACCCCAGUCCUUAGUGUCCCAUAUAGCACCCCAGUCCUUAGUGUCCCAUAUAGCACCCCAGUCCUUAGUGUCCCAUAUAGCACCUCAGUCCUUAGUGUCCCUCCCAUAUAGCACCCCAGUCCUUAGUGUCCCAUAUAUCACCCCAGUCCUUAGUGUCCCAUAUAUCACCCCAGUCCUUAGUGUCCCUCCCAUAUAUCACCCCAGUCCUUAGUGUCCCUCCCAUAUAGCACCCCAGUCCUUAGUGUCCCAUAUAGCACCCCAGUCCUUAGUGUCCCUCCCAUAUAGCACCCCAGUCCUUAGUGUCCCUCCCAUAUAGCACCCCAGUCCUUAGUGUCCCAUAUAGCACCCCAGUCCUUAGUGUCCCUCCCAUAUAGCACCCCAGUCCUUAGUGUCCCUCCCAUAUAGCACCCCAGUCCUUAGUGUCCCUCCCAUAUAGCACCCCAGACCUUAGUGUCCCUCCCAUAUAGCACCCCAGACCUUAGUGUCCCUCCCAUAUAGCACCCCAGUCCUUAGUUUCCCUCCCAUAUAGCACCCCAGUCCUUAGUGUCCCAUAUAGCACCCCAGUCCUUAGUGUCCCAUAUAGCACCCCAGUCCUUAGUGUCCCUCCCAUAUAGCACCCCAGACCUUAGUGUCCCUCCCAUAUAGCACCCCAGUCCUUAGUGUCCCUCCCAUAUAGCACCCCAGUCCUUAGUGUCCCUCCCAUAUAGCACCCCAGUCCUUAGUGUCCCAUAUAGCACCCCAGUCCUUAGUGUCCCAUAUAGUGCCCCAGUCCUUAGUGUCCCUCCCAUAUAGCACCCCAGUCCUUAGUGUCCCAUAUAGCACCCCAGACCUUAGUGUCCCUCCCAUAUAGCACCCCAGUCCUUAGUGUCCCUCCCAUAUAGCACCCCAGUCCUUAGUGUCCCAUAUAGCACCCCAGUCCUUAGUGUCCCUCCCAUAUAGCACCCCAGUCCUUAGUGUCCCAUAUAGCACCCCAGUCCUUAGUGUCCCAUAUAGCGCCCCAGUCCUUAGUGUCCCUCCCAUAUAGCACCCCAGUCCUUAGUGUCCCAUAUAGCACCCCAGUCCUUAGUGUCCCAUAUAGCACCCCAGACCUUAGUGUCCCUCCCAUAUAGCACCCCAGACCUUAGUGUCCCUCCCAUAUAGCACCCCAGUCCUUAGUGUCCCAUAUAGCGCCCCAGUCCUUAGUGUCCCUCCCAUAUAGCGCCCCAGUCCUUAGUGUCCCUCCCAUAUAGCACCCCAGUCCUUAGUGUCCCUCCCAUAUAGCACCCCAGACCUUAGUGUCCCUCCCAUAUAGCGCCCCAGUCCUUAGUGUCCCUCCCAUAUAGCGCCCCAGUCCUUAGUGUCCCAUAUAGCGCCCCAGUCCUUAGUGUCCCAUAUAGCACCCCAGUCCUUAGUGUCCCAUAUAGCACCCCAGUCCUUAGUGUCCCAUAUAGCGCCCCAGUCCUUAGUGUCCCUCCCAUAUAGCACCCCAGUCCUUAGUGUCCCAUAUAGCACCCCAGUCCUUAGUGUCCCAUAUAGCACCCCAGUCCUUAGUGUCCCAUAUAGCACCCCAGACCUUAGUGUCCCUCCCAUAUAGCACCCCAGUCCUUAGUGUCCCUCCCAUAUAGCACCCCAGUCCUUAGUGUCCCUCCCAUAUAGCACCCCAGUCCUUAGUGUCCCAUAUAGCACCCCAGUCCUUAGUGUCCCAUAUAGCGCCCCAGUCCUUAGUGUCCCUCCCAUAUAGCACCCCAGUCCUUAGUGUCCCAUAUAGCGCCCCAGUCCUUAGUGUCCCUCCCAUAUAGCACCCCAGUCCUUAGUUUCCCUCCCAUAUAGCACCCCAGUCCUUAGUGUCCCAUAUAGUCUCCUGAGUGGCGCAGUGGUCUAAGGCGCCGCAUCGCAGUGCUAACUGUGCCACUAGAGAUCCUGGUUCGAAUCCAGGCUCUGUCGCAGCCGGCCGCGACCGGGAGACUCAUGGGCGGCGCACAAUUGGCCCAGCGUCGUCCAGGGUAGGGGAGGGAAUGGCCGGCAGGGAUGUAGCUCAGUUGAUAGAGCAUGGCGUUUGCAACGCCAGGGUUGUGGGUUCGAUUCCCACGGGGGGCCAGUAUAAAAAAAUUAAAAAUGUAUUCACUAACUGUAAGUCGCUCUGGAUAAGAGCGUCUGCUAAAUGACUAAAAUGUAAAUAUAGCACCCCAGUCCUUAGUGUCCCAUAUAGCACCCCAGUCCUUAGUGUCCCUCCCAUAUAGCACCCCAGACCUUAGUGUCCCUCCCAUAUAGCACCCCAGUCCUUAGUUUCCCUCCCAUAUAGCACCCCAGUCCUUAGUGUCCCUCCCAUAUAGCACCCCAGUCCUUAGUUUCCCUCCCAUAUAGCACCCCAGUCCUUAGUUUCCCUCCCAUAUAGCGCCCCAGUCCUUAGUGUCCCAUAUAGCGCCCCAGUCCUUAGUGUCCCUCCCAUAUAGCACCCCAGUCCUUAGUGUCCCAUAUAGCACCCCAGUCCUUAGUUUCCCUCCCAUAUAGCACCCCAGUCCUUAGUUUCCCUCCCAUAUAGCACCCCAGUCCUUAGUUUCCCUCCCAUAUAGCACCCCAGUCCUUAGUGUCCCUCCCAUAUAGCGCCCCAGUCCUUAGGGUCCCAUAUAGCACCCCAGUCCUUAGUGUCCCUCCCAUAUAGCACCCCAGUCCUUAGUGUCCCUCCCAUAUAGCACCCCAGUCCAUAGUGUCCCAUAUAGCGCCCCAGUCCUUAGUGUCCCUCCCAUAUAGCACCCCAGACCUUAGUGUCCCUCCCAUAUAGCACCCCAGUCCUUAGUGUCCCUCCCAUAUAGCACCCCAGUCCUUAGUGUCCCUCCCAUAUAGCACCCCAGUCCUUACAUUUGACCAGAUCCCUAUGGGCCUAUUUCCUUCAUAGUGCAGUAGUUUUGACCAGAUCCCUAUGGGCCUAUUUCCUCCAUAGUGCAGUAGUUUUGACCAGAUCCCUAUGGGCCUAUUUCCUCCAUAGUGCAGUAGUUUUGACCAGAUCCCCUAAGGCCCACAUACUUUGUUGUCACCUUCAGUUUUGUGUGGACCCUGUACAGAAAUAGAAACUAAAAAUGUAAGCUUGAUUUCUGGAUGUGAUGAAAAGCACUUUACAAAUACAAUGUCUUCUUCUCCUUCUCCUCCUCCUUCUCCUUCUUCUUCUCCUUCUCCUCCUUCUCCUUCUCCUUCUCCUCCUUCUCCUUCUCCUUCCUCCUCCUUCUCCUCCUCCUUCUUCUCCUUCUCCUUCUCCUCCUCCUUCUCCUUCUCCUCCUUCUCCUCCUCCUUCUCCUUCUUCUCCUCCUUCUCCUCCUUCUCCUCCUCCUUCUUCUCCUUCUCCUUCUCCUCCUCCUUCUCCUUCUCCUUCCUCCUCCUCCUUCUCCUUCUCCUCCUUCUCCUCCUCCUUCUUCUCCUUCUCCUUCUCCUCCUCCUUCUCCUCCUCCUCCUCCUUCUCCUUCUCCUUCUUAUUAUUAUUAUGAUGUAUUUUUAUGAUCAUAUCAUUAUUGUUGUGGUUAGCUACAGCGUGGUGGUCCCUGAGAACACAGCGUUGGGUACUGAGGUGGUGCAGGUAGUUGCUGUAGACAGAGACCUCGGCUCCAACGGAGAGGUCUCCUACUCGCUGCUCACCGCCGUGCCGCAGUUCAGCAUCAACAGCAACACAGGGGCAGUGGUCGUAGCGGGACAGCUCGACCGGGAGACCAUCCCAGCGUUUAGCCUGAAGGUAAACACCUUAACACACUUUGUGACAACGGAUGGUGAAUGAAUGAAUGGAUGGAUGGAUAAACGGAUGGAUAAUUGAAUGAAUGCAUGCAUAAAUUAAUGUAUGAGUGAAUUAAAUAAUGCAUACUUAAAAUACAUGCCUUUUUCCAUCUGAGCACAACAAUACAUGCAACUGCUGAUGUAAAAAUGGUUUCAUAAAAUAAAUAUGAUUAAUUCAUUCAGUGACUGACUGACUAAUUGUUUGAUUGACUGACUGACUGAUUGAUUGACUGACUGAUUGACUGACUGAAUGACUAAUUGACUGACUGACUGACUGAUUGAUUGACUGAUUAAUUGACUGAUUUGAUUGAUUUAUGUGAUUGAAGGUGGAGGCCAGGGACAAGGCGGAGAGAGGGACCCAGCGGUUCAAGGUGACUACUCUGAGCAUAACACUAGAGGACGUUAACGAUUGCCCCCCGCUGUUCAUCCCUGGGAGCUACAGCGCCCGUGUCCUGGAGGACCUGCCACUAGGGGCAGUCAUCGCCUGGCUGCAGACCCAGGAUUCAGACCUCGGACUGGGGGGAGAGGUCUCCUACGCUCUGGCCAAUGACGGAAACGGCACCUUCGAGGUGGGAGGCUUAUCUAUGUCUGUGUGUUGUUGAGUUGUUUAUGCUGCAGCCCUGAAACGGGAAAUACUUAGCAACAUCAACAUGUACCAAUACAUCUCUAUGUUAUUGUAUAUCUAGGUGGAUGCAGUGAGCGGAGCAGUGAGGGUGGGGAAGCAGCUGGACUACGAGAGACAGCAAAUCUAUAACCUGACUGUGGUGGCUGAGGACAGAGGGACACCUAUCCUACGCUCUCUAUCUUACCUGGACAUAGAGGUACACACACACACACACACACACGCCUUGAUUCGGUCUGAUGUAGCAAAAUUCGAUUUUUCUUAUUUUUUUUUUACAUUGGAUAAAAGCAGAGACACGGAGCUAGUGGAGUCUUUUGUUAAGACAUGUAGUUAGCUAGCUAGCUAAACAAUUAACCAUAAUCCCAACUCAUGACGUUACUACCAUGCAUGAAUCUGCAGGUAGCUAACCAACCAGGUUCAAUGUUAGCUAGCUGACAAUAGGCUAUAACUAGCAAAGCAAAUGGCUCUGAGAUACGAAUAAUAAGAUCAUACACGUAACGUUAGCUAGCAAGCCAGCCAGCUAACGUUAGCUAGCUCUGCGCCGCUCACUGCAUCCACCUAGAUAUACACUUGAAAUGAAUCCACUUUCUGUCAAAAUUAGAAACGUGUCAUAUCUGAAAAUGUAGCUAGCUAGAAUAUCUUACCCGUAUACAUGGAUGGACGCUUCUCCCUCUCUGUCACGGAUGCCAUGGUUGCCCUUAGUUUGAAGAUGUAAUCCGGAGACAGGAGUUUUCUCCAUCUCCUUAGCUAUCAUACUCUAAUUCCACUGAUUUCAAAACUCGGUCCUCCAGAAAGUGGAGAGCAACACUUAUGCAGUUUUACUAUGCAAUGCAUUUAAGAAAAAGACGUGUUAGACAGGAUUACCUACACAUGCUGACCACCUCAAAUAGACAGAAGCGAGCUAUAUGGCAGACCAAUCUGAACUCAUCUCUCGGCAUGUCCAGCCCACUCAUUAUCUCAGCCAAUCAUGGCUAGCGGGAAGGUUGCUGUCUUUUUCUGUGGCUAAACCAACUAGGCUCGUAAUUUAACAAUUAUAUUCGUAUUUACAGAUGGCAUACAAGUUUGUUAUUAAGGCACAUGAAAGUUCACAUGUUCCAGAAGGCAUUUCUGCCAAAAAAUGCAUUUUGAUUUAAAAAAAAAAAGUUUACGUUCAAAUGACUCCCCUGUGAAGUAGUGACCCGCGACAUACACCUAGUUUCCUGAAACGAGUCACAAAUACAGGCGUAACAGCUGCCCCCCCUCCCCACACACACUAACACCCCCCCCCUCACUCUCUCUCUCUCGCUCUCAAAUUCAGAUUGCUUUAUUGGCAUGAAAAACAUUGCUUUAAUAUUGCCAAAGCAAUAAUGUUGAUUGUCGCAUCUCAGCUUUCUCACCUCCUCCUGCAGUGCUGUUAGCUGGACUGUGUGUUCCCUCUGUUAGCUGGACUGUGUGUCCCUCUGUUAGCUGGACUGUGUGUCCCUCUGUUAGCUGGACUGUGUUCCCUCUGUUAGCUGGACUGUGUGUUCCCUCUGUUAGCUGGACUGUGUGUUCCUCUGUUAGCUGGACUGUGUGUUCCCUCUGUUAGCUGGACUGUGUGUUCCCUCUGUUAGCUGGACUGUGUUCCCUCUGUUAGCUGGACUGUGUGUUCCAUCUGUUAGCUGGACUGUGUGUUCCCUCUGUUAGCUGGACUGUGUGUUCCUCUGUUAGCUGGACUGUGUUCCCUCUGUUAGCUGGACUGUGUUCCCUCUGUUAGCUGGACUGUGUGUUCCUCUGUUAGCUGGACUGUGUGUUCCUCUGUUAGCUGGACUGUGUGUUCCUCUGUUAGCUGGACUGUGUGUUCCCUCUGUUAGCUGGACUGUGUGUCCCUCUGUUAGCUGGACUGUGUGUCCCUCUGUUAGCUGGACUGUGUGUUCCCUCUGUUAGCUGGACUGUGUGUUCCCUCUGUUAGCUGGACUGUGUGUUCCCUCUGUUAGCUGGACUGUGUGUCCCUCUCUUAGCUGGACUGUGUAUUCCCUCUGUUAGCUGGACUGUGUGUCCCUCUGUUAGCUGGACUGUGUGUUCCCUCUGUUAGCUGGACUGUGUGUUCCCUGUUAGCUGGACUGUGUGUUCCCUCUGUUAGCUGGACUGUGUGUUCCCUCUGUUAGCUGGACUGUGUAUUCCUCUGUUAGCUGGACUGUGUGUUCCUCUCUUAGCUGGACUGUGUGUUCCCUCUGUUAGCUGGACUGUGUGUUCCUCUGUUAGCUGGACUGUGUGUCCCUCUGUUAGCUGGACUGUGUGUUCCUCUGUUAGCUGGACUGUGUGUCCCUCUGUUAGCUGGACUGUGUUCCUCUGUUAGCUGGACUGUGUUCCUCUGUUAGCUGGACUGUGUGUUCCCCUGUUAGCUGGACUGUGUGUCCCUCUGUUAGCUGGACUGUGUGUUCCUCUCUUAGCUGGACUGUGUGUUCCUCUGUUAG